AAACCGCAAAGAAAAAAAAAAUCACAAACAGAAGAGAAAAAAGGAAAGAGAUGGAAAGCUGCCGGAACCUAACAACAAAUAAUGCCGUCGGUCUAUGUCUACUCCCCUCUGAACUCAUCCAAGAUAUACUAUUCCGAUUAGCUCUACCAGAAAUCCUACGUAUGAAAUCCGUUUCAAAAACACUCACUUCAGUGAUCUCCAGCACCGAUUUUCAUCGUGAUUACAACACUCAAUCAGACCCCGAUACAUGGGUUUUCGUCUAUACCAAACGAUCGCUUCGUGAUUCAAUACUCCAUGGUUUCACAGACCGAUCUGAUUCUUGGUUUAAGAUUCGAGUAUCAGAGUUCUUGUCUCCGGUUGUUCCUCCCGGUGAAGAUCUCUCCUUUCUUACGGCUUCAGGUGACUUCUUUCUCUUUUCUUCUAAUUACUGCCGGCAACUGAUCGCCAUUAAUCUGAAGCUAAAAACAGUUAAGAAAAUUCCGCCAAGUCCGCUAGGUCCACGUGAUACAUCGUCGUGGAGACGAUCAGGUUUAAAACUCAUUGCUGGACCAAACGGAUCAAACCGGUUCAGAUUCUUAUUCGCUGAGUUUUAUGAGAAUCGGCCCGUUUUGUUUGAAUACCUGUCGGAAUCUGACAACUGGCGAUCAAUCGAAGCUGUGGAGAACGAGUUGAAUCGGCCUGAUCGGGGGAGGAAGAGCGUGUACUUGAGCCUAGUACACCGGAGGAGUGAUAGUGUCGUGCUUGCGGUUGGACAAGAAGAAAACGAUCAGCCGCCCGUGAUCCUACGGCCAAGAUUCGAUGGUAGAGGGUUGGAAGAAAGAUUGGCGGUUGGAUUUAGUACGGCGGAUUCUUGUACAUUGAACGUGUUUGGUGACGAUUACAUGGCAAUUGUGAGAUCAGCAAAUGUUGAUGAUCAGCAAGUUAGGGGGUUUGGGUGUAUAGAACUUUGGGGUCUAAGUGGUGGGGGUGGAGCGUGGGAGUUGAUAUCAAAAGUGCCGCAAGCUUUGGUGAAUAGAGUGAGGAAGCCUUAUAGUGUCAUUAUGGGGUGCUUGGAGGCCAGAGAUGGGAUAAUAAGGGUCAUUUUGAUGUCUAAUUUUAAGGGUCUGUGGGACAUUAUUUGGUUUUCUUUUGAUUCGGUGAAGGGUGAAUGGAAAUGGGUACCUAUUCCUGAGACAAGAAUGGAAGGGUUGAACAUUGCCGGGAUUACUCUUUCCACUGGUCUUAAGCUGUGAUCGAGGCGGAACACGACCCGACCGGCCGUCCGGAUAUGCAAUCCUAAUUGUUGCUGCAAGUGAAUGGUAACUGAUCAUAUUUUUAUGUCUUGCUAAAUGGUCCUUCAAUUUUUAGAUGAAAAUGUGUACUUUUAAGUUUUUGUGCAUAUUAGAUUGUUUGCUAUGUACAGCUAAAUAAUACUCGGAAGGACUUCGUAGUGUUAGUCUUAUGGAUAGGACCCGCUGCCUUAAUCAAAUGUAUAAACAAUUGUGACUCCAAAACUCAUUCUUGAAAAUGCCCAAAUAUUUACAUAUUUAAAUUCUCGAUUAAUAAUGACAGAAUCACCGCAUGAAGUGUGAUCGAAAUAGAUUUAGUAUAUGUCAGUAUGUUGUAGUUGAACAAAUGACAUUUACAUUUCACAAAUGAUGUACAUUUACAUUUUUGAAUAAAAGGUAUCAAAAAA